AUUCCGAGUGGGCGGCAAGUGCGUCGUCAAGGUGCCGGCUGUGAAGGGGCUUACUGUGAGCCGAGCGAGCGGCCGAUGCGGGCUCGGAGAAGUAGGAUGCGGGCGGCUAACGGGCUCUGGGCGGCGCUGGCCUUGAUCCUGCUCCCUGGAGACAGCCACGCUCUGCGAGAGGGAGACUGCGAAGUAUGCGUGUCAUUCCUGGGAACUUUCUACCGGGCUCUACAAGAGAACAAUGUUGAGUUCACACCUAACAGUAUUGAAAAAGAACUUCUGAAAUUCUGCAAAGAGGCAAAAGGCAAAGAAAACCGUUUUUGUUAUUACAUUGGAGCAACCAGUGAUGCAGCCACCAAAAUAAUUAAUGAGGUAUCAAAACCUCUAAGUCAUCAUAUCCCCAUUGAGAAGAUUUGUGAGAAGCUGAAAAAGAAAGAUAGUCAGAUCUGUGAACUGAAAUAUGAUAAACAGAUUGACCUGAGCACUGUAGACCUGAAGAAGUUGAGAGUCAAAGAAUUGAAAAAAAUUCUAGAUGACUGGGGUGAAACAUGCAAGGGCUGUGCAGAAAAAUCAGAUUACAUUCGUAAAAUCAAUGAACUGAUGCCUAAAUAUGCACCAAAAGCAGCCAGUUCGCGGACAGAUCUCUGACCACAAUAGUGACCUCUAUCAAUUAGCAAGAUACACAAAAACUAUGUUAAUCUUUCUAUUUUCUUUCCUGGAAAGCUUUUUUUGUAACUUAUUUAACUGGGUUUCAAGUAUCAAAUUGGAGGGAUUCUUGCAAUGCUGGUUCAGCUGCCUCGUCAUGUCUCAAGUUUUUAUUUCUGUUGUCUCUGAUUUAUUAUAAGACAUUGACAUACAUAUGGGAUUUUUAAAUAAAAGUUAUGAAACCUA